UAAAUCAACUUUUACACUUGAUUGGCUAUCUCGAUCUCUUUCGACCAAUCGUAUUUCAUUAUUUCGUUUGUUUCACUCCGCUGGACAAGGUUCUGUUCUUUGACUUGGAUUUUUGAUGACAUAUUUGGAAAAUAUACCAAAUAUAUAAGUUUUUAUAGUUUUAUGGAUUUAAAUGGUGCUGCAAAAAGCCACGAAACCUUGGAAAUGGCUUGUCUAAAGGAAGGCUUUUUAUAAACGCAGAAUGCAAAAUGAGUUUGUUACCGUUAAACGACCGAAAUCUCGCUAGGAACGAAGAUGAAAGUAUUGAUCAAAUUGAUGACUGCAAGAACGAAGAUGUUUCCGAUAUUUUCGAGUGCUUGACACUGGAUUUCAGCCCGUAUGAAACGGUACAUAGAUGGAAACGAAUGCCAGCUUGUGAUGAGUUUGUAGGAGCGAGACGCAGCAAACAUACAAUGGUUGCUUACAAUAAUGCUCUGUAUGUUUUUGGUGGCGAUGACGGGAAACGAAUGCUGAAUGAUUUGUUACGUUUUGAUGCAAAGGACUGCUCAUGGGGAAGAGUGGUAACCACAGGCAACCCUCCAGCACCAAGAUACAACCAUUCUGCUGUUGUUUAUGGCACCAGCAUGUUUGUUUUUGGUGGUUUCACCGGUGAUAUAAACUCGAAUUCGAAUCUUCUAAACAGAAAUGAUCUUUAUAAGUUCAAGUUUACGAAUGGUCAUUGGUGUCAUUGGCCAGUCGAAGGAAGGGUGCCUCCAGCGCGCUCAGCCCAUGGUGCGGCUGUUCACGAUCACAAGUUGUGGGUGUUUGCGGGCUAUGAUGGCAGUAAGAGGCUCAAUGACAUGUGGGUGUUGGAUUUAACAAGUCUUGAUACUGCCUUAUGGCAAGAAGUUCGUCAGAUUGGCGAGGGUCCACCGACAUGUUGCAACUUUCCCGUGACCAUCGCAAGGGACACCAUGUUUGUUUUUUCUGGGCAAAGCGGAGCGAAGAUCACGAACGAUCUCUUUCAGUUUCACUUUGACACAAGGCAGUGGCGACGCAUAUCCAAUGCUCACAUUUUACGUGGAUCUCCACCCUCACCACAACGUCGGUAUGGUCAUACUAUGGUUGCACACGAGUCCUAUCUCUACGUGUUUGGAGGAACUGCUGAUAAUAUCCUUCCAAAUGAUCUGUACUGUUACGAUCUUGACGACCAGACGUGGCAUGUUGUUGAAGUCUCAGAGGACAGUCAGGUUCCGCAUGGCAGAUUAUUCCAUGCUGCUGACGUCAUUGAUGACGCAAUGUAUGUGUUUGGUGGAACUCUAGACAACAACAUUCGAAAUGGAGAAAUGUAUAGAUUUCAAUUUUCUAGCUACCCAAGGUGCACUUUGCGAGAUGAUUUUGGAAGGCUGCUUGAUAGCAAACAAUUUUGUGAUCUCACGUUUGUCGUAGGAAAGGACGAGAAUGAAAUCGACGCUCACACCACUGUUGUGGCGUGUCGUUCAAGAUGGCUUAAGAACAAGAUUGAACAAGUGAAAAAGAUUGAGGUUAAUUCAUCCAUUGCUGUGGAAGAAAAACUCAAGAUAACUAUUGAUGAUGUCCAACCAGAAGCUUUCUCGAUCGCGUUGAGAUUCAUGUACACGGACUCCAUAUACGCUCUUGUCAAAGACGUCCCUGAACUUGAAGUAAUUCGUAUCAUUAUGGAUGUUUAUUGUGUCGCCUUAAAGCUUGAGCUGGGCAGACUUGAGCAAAUCUGUGUCCAAUAUAUUGAAACUUCUGUAAACCAAAGUAAUGUUUUGAUGGCAUUAGAUUGUGCAUCGCGUUUAGAACUGGCCGCAUUGAAGGAUUAUUGUCUUCGUUUUAUCGUACGUGGUUCAAACUUCAAGACGAUCAUAAUGACCCAACAGUUUGAAACGCUACCGACCCCCCUGAUGGUUGAAAUUGUGCGACGUCUCCAUUUUCCUGUCGCAACAGUACCUGAACCUCAUCAACUUACAGUCCAUUCAGUGUCUUCUCUGGAAGAUGAUUUGAAGUCAUUUUGGCAUGAAUCAAGUGACGGUAAUCUGUGUGAUAUUACAAUGAUGGUGGGAGAUACCCACAUCAGAGCUCACAAGGCAAUUCUUACAGCACGAUGUAGUUACUUUGAAGCUAUGUUUAGAUCCUUUAUGCCUGAUGCUGGGCUCGUCAGGAUCACAAUUGGUGAUACGAUUCCAUCUCUUCAAUCCUUCCACUCUCUGCUCAGAUACAUUUAUUAUGGUGACGUGAAAAUGCCUCCUGAAGAUUCUCUAUAUCUUUUGUCUGCGCCAUAUUUCUUCGGUUUUACCAACAACAGGCUCCAGGCAAUUUGUAAAAGCAACUUAGAAAUGAAUGUCUCUUUCAAAAAUGUCGUGGAGGUUUUAGAAGCAGCAGACAAGAUUGGUGCGACAGAAAUGAAAAAGCAUGCUCUCACAUUGAUUGCACAAGACUUUCCAAAAGUAACAGAAUCGCGCAGCAUCUCAAAGCUAAGUCGUGAUUUACUGCUGGAUAUAUUGUACACACUGGCAGAGCAGAAGAAAAAUUAGGAGAAUUUAUACCUGAGGCACGAUUAGAAAAACAAGGAGUACACUUAGUCGACUCAUCCCACAGAUUAAAACGGCGAAGUUCAGGUUCAUGUUCAUUCAGUAAUCGGCCAAUUUCGUUCUGCUUUCUCCCCCCCCCCGGGCUGUACGAAAGUUGCUUGAAAAUACUGUUGAUAAAACAAUAAUCAUUGAUUUUGGGCAGGUACUGAUCUGGGGCUAUCACUAAAGAGACUAAAAGUGAAACACAAGCAAAUCUUUAAACACAAACAACUUUUCAAACUAACCAAUAGCAUUUGGAAAAUUAGACUAACUCUUGAAUCAAUCGUGUAAACGAAUUGUAAUUCAACCCAUAGUUAGCAUCAGUUGAUCUGAUGUCUGUUGUAAAAAAUACUUUUUAUUUUAUAAACGUAACAAAUUUAUCUCGGCAAU